AGACUCAGGGAAGAUCUGGUUUUGUUUGAUGAGUUGCGAGUCCCUCUCUCACUGUUGGAUGGUCCUCUCUCCAAUCUCACGCGAUGCAUCCACGCUCUAGCUGUCUCUCUCGCUCUCGAACAUCUCUCACGCCAGCCAGAGAUCAGCUCAUGGUCGGGGAUGCUGCGAUGCAACUUGAACCGCGCGAUCCACACGUUCAGUACGAUCGUGAGAGUGCGCGCGCGCGCAUACCACCGAGGCUCCGCGAAACGAAAGGCCGCUCGUAGUUGUUUCCGUACGCCGUGUCCCAUGCAAUUCUUCCAGUGUUUGCCAUCCUAGGGUAGUGUCGGGAUCGGGAGAAAGACUUGCACAGUGCCAUCACCCACCACCGAGGGCAGCGAAGAUGCAAUUCAAUCCAGUCAGCAUGAAUCAUCAUCAGCUCAAAUGGUGUUAAUCGCAUCGCCCAUAAUUUGUGGAAUAUUCAUAAAUUCGUGCUAAUUGUGUGUCCGAGUGCUGUGUCUCGGCUAUCUUCCUGAAGCAGUCAAUUGCUUUCCCACGCCCCAAGUGCAGUGUGCGAGUCUGUGUGCGAGAUUGUACGGUGCUGCAAAUGAUCGAAAACCAAUUGACCAUCGAUAACUGAGCAGCACACACGGUGGUGACGGUGAGUGAAGAUGUGAUGCGAGCAUUAGCAGCGGCACCAGGAGUCGUGUCCGGUCCGGCAAUUUGUUGCAAUAAACCGAGUGAAUCGAUUUCCUGUCCCAGCGUCACCGGACCAGUGUCAUCCAGUGUUGACCGUUUUGUGGUCCACAGCUGUGAUUGAGUGGCUCGUGAUUGGCGGUGCGGGGGCCACCUAAAUCGCCCAUUAAGGAUAACUCUUCCGGAAAAGUGUCCGAAGAGGUGUAAGGAAGGCUUACAGUUUCCCGAGCCCCAAACACCUUUUGGGUGAUGCCUUUAGGUGCUGGUAACCACGAUUUGAUUACGAUUACGGUGCGGUGCUGUGAUGCUUAUGAGAAUGUGCACCAAGGUGUGGUGGUUUGUGGUCGGAACAGUGUCCAGUGGAAGAUAGAGCGGAAAUUAAUCCCCGUGUCCGGAGAGUUGCCGUCGGAAUCAUCGUUUGGUGGAACGUAUCGGACCCAUCGGAAGGGUUAAUUAGAUUCAAUUUCAAUAUAUCCAGAGGCCUUCUUGGUGUGUGAUGAGCAGAUCAGCGUCAUCUGAAGCGUAGCAACCGGGGAUGACUUAGAAGGAGAGCGCACGAUCGGGUUUUUUUUUCGCGCAUAGCAACCACACAAAAGAAAGUUCUAAUAUGGAGUCCUUCCUGGAGGCAAUUCAGAGUGGCCAGUACGAAGCGGUCCGGGCUGCACUCGAAAGCCCUGACCUAGAUCUAGACUACCAAGAUCCGGCGCGCGAUGGAAACAGUGCGCUCCAUCUAGCAACCACCGCCAAACACAAUAAGACGCGCCUAAUCGAGCUACUGAUCGAUGCGGGGUCCGACUGUGAUCUUCGCAAUCAUGCCGAUCUAACACCGGCGGAACUGGCGCUCGACAACGGGUCCCAUUAUGUGGCUGAGUUUGCUCUCUGUAAGGAGCUGGACGGCGUUCCGGACGAGCAAGCCCUUCGGCGACUCAUCCAGCGAGGAUCGGUAGAGCUGUUGAAGAUUUUCCUCGAAAAGCGAGCCUUUGACAUCCACACGAAGAUGAAACUGUACGCCGGGCUGCUGGAUGAGCUGAGCGUGAAGGGAGUAACGAUCGAGCGGUCGAUGCGCGUCUUCCUCGAGUACGAACUGAUCGCGCACAGCUACGAGGAGCAGCAGGGUGGGAUCGAAGCCAGUGUUGCCCGACAGCGACGGCUCGGGGCGGCCGGUGGCGCAAGCUCGAAGCGGAAGGCCGACGGGAAGGUGCAGAGCAGCACGGGCGAAACAGAGGCUGAUAGGCGCAUAGAGUUAGUGCGAAGCUAUACCAAAUACUUGACCGAGCGGUACGAUCCCGACAACCUGAACGAUCUGGACGAUGAGUUUGUGGUGCGGCUGCGGGCUAUCUGCGAGAGUCUGUACUAUCUGGACGGGGUGGAAUGUUGUGCCCGUUCCGACUGGAAGCUGCUGAAGAUGCUUCCGCUCGGUGAGCUUAGCUAUCUGUGCGGUGUGUUCCUGUCCAUCGUGGAGAAGAGCGUUGGGUUCGAGAUAUACAAGCUGGUGCUGAACAAGAACAUGCUCGUGACGUUUCUGCGUGCCGUAAGCGAAGAACUUGGGACGCUGGUCCCAAGGGGCGACUGUUCGGUACCGCGCGCGGUACGAUCAGAUCGAUCGUUUCAGUGGACACCGCAGCUGUUGCUCGAUCUCAUCGUGUGCAUUCGCGAACAGAAGCUGUCACAGUACGUCGCUCGGAGACGGCGGGCCAGCGAGGAUUUGCAGCGCAUCGCGACUUCCACCGGCCCACUACAGCCAUCGGACCACGCACUGAUACUGACGGAGCUCGGUCGGCGCGAACUGACCGCACUGCAGGAAGGCGUUCUGGAACGCGACACCAAAUGGGGUGUAGCGGACUAUGUCCACUAUCUGCGGGGUGAGGCCGGCGACGAGUGGCGGCCGUCGGCGGUCGGACAACUUUGGCACCGAUACCAUCCGAAGCUCCGCCUCCCGAAGCGACAGGUGGCGUACGUGGCGAGCAGGCGCGAACUGUUGGCCAAGAUUCGGGCCCGCCGGUUGGACGAGCUGAGCCGCAACAAGACGAAGCUGCUCGAGAAGGAGCUGGGUGCGCGCGAACUGCAAGGCUCCCCGUUGGCAAGGACGGUACGGCGUCGGCAUCGCAUCGUGUUCGGCCAGAUUCGGCGUACGUAUGAGCAGCUUUGGCAGAUGCACACGGUGAAGCGCAUUGCGUACUACGUCGAGAACGCGCUCGUCAUCGAUCUGGACGAUCGUUCGAACGCGACACUCUGUCUGAUGGCGAUCCAGCGCGUGAUGCAGUACGUUGGCGAUGCUGGGAAGGAAUCGCACCAGCACCAGACCAGCUUUGCCCGCUUGUUGAGCAGCUGGCUGGAUCACGUACUAUCACCACUGUCCUCAACGACCCCGACGGAAGUCCACGAUCAUCGGGAAACAUUUUCGGCCCGUUGUACCGUGGGCAAAUACUUUCUCAGCACGGCACUCACAGGCGAACAGGUGAAAGGUGUACAGGAACGGUUGAAAGCGGUCUAUCGGUUCUGUCUGUACGUCAUCAACAUCCAGCUGAUAGAGGCGUACAAAACGUUCCUCGGGACGGCGUAUCGGUUGCGCAACACGGGCCAGCUGAAAUCGUACGCCCGGUACGUUGGGGAGCACAAUCUCCACACGCUCAGUCACAUAAAGUUCGAGCACAUGUUCUACGACGAGAAGGAGACGGCCCGGAUCGUGCACGAGCUGAAGAAGAUGUACAUCGGAAUGUCGAACGAGCUGAAGCUGCUGUCGUUUAUCGAGAAAAACAUUCACUUCCGGUUCUAUCACAUGCAGUACCACCAGACGCGGCUGCGGGUAACCCUCUCCAACUUUGCGAUCGUUUACCGGGCGUUGAAAGCGAAUCCGGAUUAUGGGUGUGUGCGAAGGUUGCUGCAUUCGUAUCUGCACCAGAGCUACCAGAAGUACGACAUCUCCCGGUCGAUCUCGAUCUCCGAUGCGAACCUUGCGCUGAAGGAGCUUCUUCGACCGUACAGCAGUAUUAGCGAGAACGAGGACACGCUGAAGGUGGUUCGGCAUCUGGAGGAGCUUCAGUGCCUGAUGGAUCCCGACCGUCUGUUUGGCGUUAGUCCGGUGCGGUGUGAGCGCGAGCGUUCUUCGUUGGAGGUGAAUCGAUAUCAGAAGUAUACCCGCAAGCUGUUGAAGGAGGUGAACGCACCAACGUUGAACGAUGAAGAAUUCCAGCAGUUGCAUGAGAAGCUGAGCCGAGCGUACUACGGGAACAUCUUUCUGCUGCAGCAACGCAACCACACGCUGGAAGAGUUUUUCCGCACGAAAGGAACUCCGCUAGACGAGGCCGAGCUUCACGCCCGACGGGAAAGUGACGAGGAAAUGCUGCAGGAACUGUUCGACUCAAAGGUGAACGAUUUGGUGGAAAUUCUGGAGAAGUUUGAAUGUACUGAUGUGCAGACUUUGUGCGACGUGCUCGAUGAACUUCCGCCCGUUGUUCAGUUCGCACUGGAAUACGGUCUCCUAGAACUGCUCGAAAUCCUUUCCUCCGUGAACGUUAUCGGCCCAAACCGUUGGCAUACGUUGCAGAGCAGUUCGGCCGUCCUGAGUGGCCACACCCUUAAAACCUUCCUAGCAGGCGGACGCGAAUCGUUGGUGCUCGAAUGUCUCACGCUCAAGUCAAACGCUACCAUCUUCCUGAACGCGAUCGUCUUCAAGCACCAUCCGUACGAGCUGUACGGUGCGCGACCGGAUGGACGACACUUCACCAAACCGAAACCGACCGGUUCGUGUUACGCGGACAAAUUCGCCACCCGCCUGCAGUGGGUCGAACAGCAACGCACCCUGUACGAAUCGGUACGGACAGGUGAGAUGGAGCUGUCCGCGUUACGGCGGCAGGUACGGCACGACGGUGCCGUGAUCGGUGGCAAACGGUUCGGGUCGUUGAUGCCCAACGAGAUGUGUCAUUACGGUUUAAUUGAUUGUGCCAUUGCCGGUGACUUCCGGGCGAUGAUCGAUCUGCUGACAGAGGCUGACCUGCGGACGUGCAGCGGUGCACGACAGGAGCUGUUGCGGUACCUGCUGCGACGCACUACCAAGUCACACUUUGUGGUGGAACCGUUGGAGCAGAUGAAGGAUGACGAUCGUCACACGCUGGUGCUGUAUCUGUGCAUGUUCCAGGGUGAUGUGCGGCUGUUCCGGAAGUAUCUCGAUCGCUUCAACGCAUACGACCAGCUGCAUCUGUUCGUGAACUCGGACGAUCAUCGGUUUGUGCAGCAACUACUCGGUGAGCUGGGUGCUGAGUUCGAUUGGAGCCGUACGGAUGCGAACGGGAUGACGAUCUUGCAGAAGCUAGUGAAUGCAGGCAAUCGGCCCGCCAUUGAGGAUCUGCUCGGAAGGAUGUCACUUGAGCAGAUUAACGCUCUCUGCAGCAUGAAGUACUCAGCACUGAAUCUAGCAGCAAGAUUGAACCUGAUCGAGAUCGUUCGGGUGUUGGUAGCCACCGGGAUGGAUCUGAAUGUGAUGAGUGAGGAUGAAAAGCUCCCAGUGUUCUGGAUGAUUCAGUACGGCAAUCCACGCACCAUCGUUCAACGGACGAUCGAUUCGGGCACCGAUCUGACAGCUUUCUCCAGCGAGCUGUGUCUACUGCAUCGAGCGAUCGAGUACGAUAAUGAGGAUGUGUUGCGAUAUCUGAUAGAGGACUGCAAGGUAGAUCCGACACGCAUCUACUCCAACUGUAACAACGUUCUGCACGUGGCGGCCGGGUUCGAUCGAAGUCGUAUCCUGCGCUAUCUGCUCACGAUACCGGGCCUACGCAAGAUCGUGAACAACAGCAAUCUGGUGAAGAACAGCCCGCUUAACAUUGCCUGCAAGGAGGGGUACAUUCGAUCGGCACGAGUCUUGCUAGAGCAGGGUGGAGCGAACACGGACACGUGCGGUGAGUACGGGCUUAACGCACUCGCGUUCGCAAUGUACACCAACAACGUGAAGCUGGCGAGAUGUUUGUUCCGGCACGAGGCGACGAUCGGUAAUCCGCUUAGCUCGGACUUUCAGCCCAUAAACAUGGCGAUACGGAAUCGGAACAUCCGCAUGCUGGAGCUGCUGUUGCGGCGCGGCGUGGACGUGAACAGUGCGCCACUGUGCUUCAUAAACGCGGUGUACGCACACUCGCCCGACAUUGUGCGUCUGCUGAUCGGCCGUGGUGUGAAGCACGUCAACCACCGGGACGAGUUCUGUCAGACGGCGCUGCAUCUGUGUGUGGAGCGGGACGAGUACGAGAUGGCGCGCGAUCUUAUCCGGCACGGUGCGCACAUUAAUGCGAAAAACCGAUCCGGCAUGACACCCCUUCAUCUAGCCGUUCAGCGUGGUAAUGUGCGGCUGGUGCAGCUUCUGCUCGAUCACAAAUGUUCGGUCGACGAGCUUAACUAUCACGGCGAAACGCCACUCAUCCGGGCGGUCGUUAGCAACAACAUUACGAUCGUGAAGAUACUGCUCAACAAUGGUGCCAGCAUCGAGCGGUUGCGGAACAGUGAUCCACCGGUGCUGCUGUAUCUGGUGCAGGAAAACCAUGAGGAAAUACUGGACUAUCUGCUGGAACACUAUCAGUUCAAUGCGAACGAGCAGGAUGCGUACGGGAACACGCUACUGUACGUGGCGACACAGCACAACCAUAUCAACAUCGUGAAGCUGCUGGUGGACAAGUAUCGCGCCAAGACGAACCCGACCAACCACAAGAAGCUAACGCCACUGAUGAUUGCGCGCGUCAAGGAGUACAAGGAGAUCUUCCACUUCCUGGAGGCACGUCUGCCGGUGGAGGAGUAGACGCUGGAUUUAUUGCUAUUUAUUGCUGUACACAAGUGUUUUGUUUGUUAUAAUCGGUAGGCGAAGGGCGAAGCGUUUAUUUAUUUGUAAUUUGUGCAUUCAAUACCCCAAAAAACCCGCUAUAGUUUUCGCAUUUGAAUGGUAAACAAAAAACAAAAACAAAAGGGACAUGUGCAAGCGAGAAGAUGACGUGGAAGAGAUGUGCCAUAAAUGUAUUUUUUCUUUGUUUAUUUGUUUCGCGAAUGUGUGUGAGUGUGGGUUUGAGAUUGAGCUUUGGUUUACGAGGAGAGCGAAAAGAAACAGAAAAGGCAUGUCGUGUUUAGGGAUAGAUCUUUUUUUUUAUUUAGAUUUUUUGAAUAUUCUGUAGCUCAAAUGUACGAAGAAAUGUGUGGAACUUAAUAAUAAUUGUCAUCCUAGAUGAAGCGGCAGCAGCUAGCGCAAUAGAGGUGUUAGCGUAGUAACCCUUAGUGACUUAGUGACAGCGAGUUCGGUGUGUUGUGCAUGUGUUGCUAGAUGUGUUUGUGAAUGUUUUGAUGCAAACUGAAGAAGGAGAGAGAGAGAGAGAGCAUCAGUACUUACCGAGAAGAAAGAGAACACACAGACAUCAAGUAGGCACAGGUCUUUGUAUAUAGGCAGACUCAUAGAAUAUGGAGAGCAUACUAAAACGAGCGAGAACUACUAUCCCCCGCUCUCGCUCGUUAUCUCUCUCUCAUUCUCUCUCCCAACACAAUUACGCUGUCCUAGGACAUUCCAGGUGAUAGUGCAAAUGAUUUUUGUUUUUCGUUAUUUCACAACCCCGGCAGACACCACUGUUCCUUCUGUAUCCUCAGUCCUUUUAUUCGUUCGAUCAGAAAGUUAAGUUGCUUGUAAAAAAAGUAAUAAUAAGCUCGUAGCAGAAAAAAGGCCAGACAAUCAGUGUGAGUGUGCACUUAUAAGUCGGCCCGAUAAAUAAAAUAAUUUACAUAAAAAUGCCAUUUUGUUUGCCAGCAAACGGUCGAAGGGUAGGAUGUAGCAACCAAUACAAUAAUGUGCCACAGUCGCUUAAGUUUAGUGGGUUUUGGAUAGGUUUUUUUUAUUCUUAUUUUGUAUCUUUGUUUUGUGCCAAAAUGUCCACAUCCAAUCCACCAACAGCCAUAGAUGGGAAUGAUUUACCCUCUUUCUACACGUUGUACAAACAUUGUGAGCGUCAGUGGCCAUCUUGUGAAGGGGGAAUAUUAGUUUUAUUUGUUUUAGAUUACGCGGCUCGGACCGUGGUGGUACCUUUUUAGACAAGUUUUUUUUACCCCCACUAGAAAUAUUAUUUAGCGUUAUAAGAUAGAGAGAAGAAAAGGGUGGGCACACGACACGAAAUAUUUAUUGUAUAGACUAGAUACGGCGGGCUAUCAAAGCGUGGCAAUUAAAGGCAACUUCCCCCAAAAGCUAUGUACUUAUCGGUCCCGAUUUUUUCUUUGUUUGUUAGUCUUUUUUACACCUUUCUAUCGGUAAUAAGGGACACUAGCUCGGUAAAUAGGAGAUGGUAAUAUGGAUAUGCACCCAUCCCACUGGAUUGUACGAUACUUGUCUAGAUUAAACAAUAAUCUCCCAUUUCCCAUCAAUAAAAAAACACAUCGGUGUGAGUGUGUGUGCCGUACUUAGUUUGAAGCUGAUGAGAGCCCAUGCAUACCCGUACACACAGGCACAUUCGAAACCUAGUAAACCCCUCUUGUACGACAUGAGCAAGAAGCGAAAGGGCGAAGCGAGCGCGUAUGUCUGAAGUGAAUAUUGGAAUAAACGUAUUGUUUUUUGAUAAUACAAGAUGCAA